AUGGAGAAGGUGCAGCACAUGACACGCUCUGCUCUGCGCAGGGCGUCCACCAUGGAGGUGCCUCCACAGGCCAAACAGAACAUGCAGGAGCUCUUCGUCAACUUCUGCCUCAUUCUCAUCUGUCUCCUACUCAUCUACAUCAUCUUCCUCCUAAUGUGAGUGGGAAGGGGCAAGACACACCCCACAGUAAGGGAGGGGU